GCUGGGUUGAGGUGUGCGGAUGAGAAAGGAACAGAGUGGCGCGGAAUCGCAUGGCGCGUCCCCGUUAGCGAGCGCCCGCCAGGAGACUCCAGGAAACAAGGAAGCACGCGGCGCCUCAUUUCACGUCAAACCUUCCGCCGUCGACAGCUGAGCGAAUGUCGUUCUGAGCGCCCUUCAAUUUCCCCCCAGCCUCAUGCUAUACCGUCCGUCGUCCCCAGCUCUUGUAGCCCUACCAAACAACCUAGACCCUGUAAACAAGACCGAAGCAGCCCAGUGUCGCAAGCCAAAAGCUUGCUUCCCCCAGCCCACGAGGUUAAACUAUCCUUUGCUUCUGGAAGCUCACGCUUCCGGUCCUGCGACGCCGCCAAGCCAGCCCUC